AAGAAGAAUGAAAAAACGACAGAAGAAGAAGAAAUGUGACGUUUUGAAGCUUGUUCUGUGAAGGUUGAAACGUUCAAAGUAAGCCAACAGAGAUAUAAUCCCGAGACCUCGCAAUUUCACCAGCUUCAUCAAAGUUAUCGCCCGCCACAUUAUGGCCGGCUUGUCCAGCUAUGCGCUGCGCAUGGCGAGGCUGAGCUCGAGGAUCUUUGGGGAAGCUGUACACCCGACAGACAGAAAAUCAAUGAAGGUGGUCCAGAUGUUCCAGGAGCCUCCGUUGGCCAGGAGAAAGGAGGUGUAUGACUGGUAUCCUCAUCACAAGAUUUACUACGCCAUGACCCAGAAGCUCAGGUUCAUGGGACUGUUCAGAGAUGAGCAUGAGGACUUCAAAGAGGAGAUGCGACGCCUGAGAAAACUUAGAGGAAAAGGGACCCCUAAGAAAGGAGAAGGAAAAAGAGCGGCCAAGAAGAAAUGAAAUGCAUCUUCUUUUACUCCAGCAAAAUCUUGCAGGAAUCAAGCCUUUCUUUCCGUAACUUUAAUCAACACUGGACCUGAUCCAAACAUUGUUCCAUUAAAAGGCUUUCUUUUAUAUCUAAUGAUAAAUUAGAUAUAAAUGGUAUGGACAUGUUUUACGCUGUUGUUUUUAUAAGAUAUAGAGAUUACUGCUUUUGGAAAGAAUGUUGCCUGUUGUCCUAUGCAUUUACAUAUAAAGUGUCAGUGUUAAAGUUCUUCUGCUUCACUAUGGAUGGAAUGGCUUAACAUUGAAUUACCUAAAAAAAAGUGUUUAUUUAAAUUGUUUAAAUCUGAUAAAAAUAAAAUGUUUGUCAUUGUGCCGUUUUAAAAAAUAUUUGUCUACAAGUAAAUAAGAUGCUGCUGCUAAUAUUGAAUAUUGCAAAAACAAUUUCUGCAAUUAACCCAUAAUUUCCAUACUGUCUUAUUUUGUCAUCUCCAUGUCCCGUCCUCUGCCUCUUAGUUUUCUGAUCUUGGUAACAAAGUUCUAUAUUGCCAACGGGCUUAAAGGACAAUUAAAGUCAGACCAGGAUAGCCAAAUAUACAGGUAUAUCUGAAAAAAAUUUAAUGUUGUGAAAGUUUUUAAUAAAAAUUGCUACUCAUAUCAGACAAUGAAAAUCAGAUAUACAUUUGUAAAACAAAGUAAAAUAUUUCUUGAAAUGUUGGUGGUUAUGGCUCAAGGACGAUCUUUUGACUUUUCUCUUUCAGAGGUCACCAGAGCGAGUCAUGUCUGCACCUAACCUUAAUUUCUGUAUCAUUCUCUGACGCCAAAUAUUUUCAUGUUCUUUCAUUUGAUCCAUAAAUGUCCUUUCUGGUCUUCCUCGGCCUCUUGCAAGGCAAUUCCAGCCUCACCAUCCCUCUACCAAUACACUGAUGCCCCUUUUCCAGCAGUGCCAACUUUACCAUAUCUAGUACCUGACUUGAAGACGUCACCGCAGAAGGCUGUCUGUAAUAGCAAAUACAGUGCUAGAAUCAGACCUGCCAUAUUUAAAAAAAAAAAAAACAGCCCAAGGAGCAGAGACCGAGCAUACUAAUAGAUACUGAACGGAGAUGGAAACCCUCAAAUCAAUACCGUGGCAAAGCGUCGGGGUAGAUGCGAUUUGUGCUUUGUGGUGGACAGGAAAAAAUCAGAUGGAGUUAAACGGUACCCAAAGAAAGGAGAAGGUAUUUAUGGAGCUCUAAAACUGAUGGCCGGUGAGGGCUUCCAGUGAGCAGCACAACAACGCUGCCAGUAAAGACGAAGAUGAGUGAUUACGGCCCAUUAAGAACCACAACAGUCGGAGUGACGAGACCCGAAAAAGAUUAUAAAGUGGUUUGACCAAAUGGAAUCAAUAUACAGGAGCCGAACAACGAGCAAUGGGAGGGAAAGUCGCCGUGGUGUUUCAUUCCCUGGGGAUCUUUACAUUGAGUUAUUCCCCACCCCUCAAGGGCGGAUUCCAGGCGCCCUUCGUGGUCAGAACCAAAAAAAAGCAACCCAACCAUAAUCAUUUUUGGGCCAUUGACGACGUAUCUAUCUUGUGGCCACGCAUUAGGAAAUCGUGGCCACGACUUAACAUCUUCAAAAAAAAAAUGUCCGUCCAUGUCACCAGAGAGGCUCCGUAGUGGGGCUCCGUAGAGUCCUGAAUUGAAUGAGAUAAAGUCAAGGUGAUGACAAGGAGGCCUUCAAAACUCAGACUUUCUCUUUGCAAAAAUACCAAUUGAAACAUCUAAAGAGCUGUCAAUCCUGUUGAUCUAGACCCCCUGGCAAUUAAUGAUUAGCCCACAUUUAUGAAUCUUGAUUUUAAACUUGGCAGUCAAAAAAGUGCCUCAGUUAAGUAUUUUUUUUAUAUAAUUUAAAGAACAAAGCAAAUUUAAAACCUAUUCUUUCAAGGCAGCAAUAAGAAACACUACUCCGAGCCUUCAUUUCAUCUUGGCUGGAUUACUGUAAUUCACUUUAUCUCUGAAUUGGUCAGUCCUCACAUAAAUGUCUAAAGCUGGCUCAAACUCUGCCGCACACCUUUUAAUGGAAAAACAUAAAAGAGAGCACAUUACCCCAUCUGCCCUUCCUUCACUGGUUGCCCUUUUAUAUUAGAGUUCAGUUUAAAGAACUUUGUUUUUAAGGUUUUAAAUGGCUUGGCCCACGUUACUUAAAUGAACUUCACCUUUAUUAUUAUCUUGACAUGCCUGCUAGGCUCACACAUCUGGUCAUCAUUAAGGCGAUCGUAGGUCAUAAAUACCAUGUCAUAAAUCUUAGAUCAUGGAUCACAAGACACACAUCUGGUAAUGAUAAAUCUCGGGUCAAAGGUCACAUGGUCAAAGGUCACGGGGUGACAGAUCAUAGGUCACUGGAUGGUCAUACCGGGAGUGGGAGUGGUCUGGGGAUGAGACCGGAAUGGACGGGGCACGUGUCACUUUGUAAUGUGGGUGGGGCUUAGUGAUUUGAUGCUAUGAUGUAUUUACUAUCAGAGAUAGUAAAUACACAAAGCCCACAAGUGAAAGGGAAUAGGAUGAAAUAAAAUCUGCAUUUUUUUUUAUAAUAAUAGGUUGUUAGCUCAAGUGGGCUGGUCUGAGGCAUGAAACUCCAGGGAUGAAAAUGAGUCCCCCUCCAGCCACGCUGUACACAACUGGAGAGAUACAUAUCUCGCUCUGCCUUGUGAUUGAUAAUAAAAUAUUAUGAAUGCUAACA